CAAGUCCUGAUGAAGCUCUUGAACUCUUGAGUUUAAAGGCUUUCAAGAAAAGCUCCCCACCAGAAAAUUAUUCGGACCUGUGUGACGAUAUUUUAGGGUAUGCUCAGGGGCUGCCGUUAGCUCUUGUGGUUAUAGGUUCUUUUCUAUGUGGUAGAAGCGCCAAUGAAUGGGCAAGUGCAAUUGACAGGCUAAAAAAUACACCAAAUAGAGGAAUUAUGGAUGUGCUUCAGAUUAGUUUUGAUGGACUAGAGGACAUAGACAAAGAAAUUUUCCUACAUAUUGCUUGUUUUUACAAGCGGAAAGAUAAGGAUCGUGUGACACAAAUACUAGACUAUUGUGAGCUGAACCCUGUCAUUGGAUUAAGAAUUCUUGCUGAUAAAUCUCUCAUUACUAUUUCCAGCAACAAACUGUCAAUGCAUGAUUUGCUACAAGAACUGGGCUGGGAAAUAGUUCGUCGACAGUCUCCUAAAGAGCCAGGCAAACGUAGUAGAUUAUGGUCUCAUGAAGAAAUCCACAAUAUGUUGAAGAAAAAUAAGGGAACAGAAGCAAUCCAAGGCAUGGUAAUGGAGUUGCCUGAAUUAGAAGUGGCUCAUUGGAAUCCAGAAGCCUUCUCAAAUAUUUCUCAACUUAGUCUUCUCCAUAUUCAUAAUGUGGACCUUCCCAAUGGCCUCACUUGUCUUCCUAGUUCCUUGAGACUCCUGGAAUGGCCUGGGUGUCCGUUAAGAUCUCUCCCACGAAAGUUCGAACCAGAUGAACUUAUUGAACUUAACUUGUGUCACAGCACUAUUGAAAAUCUUUGGAAGGGAACAAAGAAUUUUAAGAAGUUGAAGUUCAUCAAACUCUGCCAUUCUCAAAACAUUGUGGAGACCCCAGACCUCGCAGGCGUUCAGAAUCUUGAGAGUUUAGAUCUUGAAGGAUGUAAGAGUUUGGUAAGAAUCCAUCAAUCCCUUGGAUUUCUCAAAAAACUUACUGUCCUGAAUCUUAAAGACUGCAAAAGUCUUGAGAAUCUGCCAGAUAGAAUUGAAAUAGAAUCUCUUGAAAAAUUUAUUCUUUCUAACUGCUCAAAAAUUAAAAAGAUUCCCGAGUUUGAUGGAAAUAUGGAGUGUUUGUCUGUGCUUCAUCUCGACGAGACUGCCAUUGAGGAACUGCCUGUUUCAAUUGGACGCCUGAGUAGCCUAGUGUCAUUGAAUCUAAGUAACUGCAAAAAUCUUGUUUGUCUUCCAAGCACCAUCAAUAAUUUGAAGUUUGUUGAAAAUCUUGAUCUUUCUGGAUGCAUGAAACUUGGCAAACAUCAGGAAAGCGUGGGGGAGAUGGACUGUUAUGAGGAAAAUGAUUUGCAUAGUGGGUCUGCAAUAGAAAUGUCAUCUACCCAUGAUCUCAUAAAGUAUGUGAGAGGUUCAAUCUUUCAUGGAUGCGAAGUAGUUUGGGGAUCUUUAAAUAAGUUCUUGCCUUCUGGAUUGGUGCAAAAAGUGAACACAGAGCCCAUGAGUUUCUACUUGCCUAUAUCGGGUCUGUGUAAUUUAACAUAUCUGAACCUGAGUAAUUGCAAUCUUGGUGAAGGAUCAUUUGCCAACGAAUUUGGUUACUUUCCCUCUUUGGUGACCUUGAAUCUAUGUGGAAACAAUUUUGUUCGUCUUCCUUCAGGCAUUAGAUUGCUUUCUAAGCUUGAGAACUUUAACGUGCAGAAUUGCAGGAGACUUGAAGAGUUGUCAGACCUUCCAUCAAAUAGUAUCCUAGAUUUAAGGGCAGAUGGUUGUACUUCACUGAAAUACUUGUUUGAUGCAUCAAAUUUGAACAGAUUAAACAAAUCAUAUUUCAAUUUCAUCAAUUGCAUCAAUAUAAAUGGCAAUCAAGGAUGCAAUAACAUAGCAUUUGAAAUGCUGAAGACAUUCAUGUAUCAGGGAAUCUCUAAUAAGAGGGAUACUUUUCGAAUUGUAAUUCCUGGAAGUAAUAUUCCUAAGUGGUUCAGCCAUCGAAGUGUUGGGUGUUCAUUAAGUUUAGAGCUGCCUCCAGAUUGGGAUAGCCGUAGAUUUUUGGGAUUUGCUUUGUGCGUUGUUUUUGAACUCCAUGAGCACCAUCAGGUUGAUGAGCUUGAUAUUUUUCAAUUCGAGAAUUUUAACGCUACUCAUCAUCUUGCAUGUUGCCUGAGGCUCAAUGGAAGAGAGGCAGAAGCAUGCAGAAUAGUGCCUGCAUUUCGCUUCAGUGAAGAAUUUGGCCAGGUUGAGUCAGAUCACCUGUGGCUAUUCUAUGCAUCUCGUGAUGCAUUCUCUGUUGAUGAAUUCUCUGUUGGUCAAGAGUGGUCGCAUAACAGUUGGAGUCAGCUUGAUUUCUUAUUUAAAACCACAGGCCUGGGUUUGAAGGUGAAGGAGUCUGGAGUCCGUCUGAUAUAUGAGCAAGAUGUGCAAGAGUUGAAGCAAACAACCACUCAAUCAAGCAGUAUGAUGUCUACAUAUGAGGAUAUAUUGAUUGAUUUUGACAUUCCAGUUGAAGGGGAAACCAGUGGCACUGGUAGCGGAAUUUGCACACUUGAAGAAUUGUAG